GCCUUGCAUGAGUGCCACUUCUUUCUGAUCUCUUGUACGAAACCUGGCGGUAUGGCAUUUAGGCUAUUGUCAAGGAUAUUGAGGGCCAGCCAGAAAUCGGGGCUUUCAGUAUCCUCAUUUUCAAAAUUACGAGUGUCGAGCCAUUACUUGAUGAAUGCUUGUCGAUUAAGUUCUUCUGCCCCAAAACCUCAGAAAGAGACAAUAAAUGUGACGUUCCUCUUGCGUGAUGGUGAGAAGCAAGAAGUGCAAGCCAAGGUGGGGGAUAACCUUCUUGACAUCAUUAUCGAGCAUGAUGUAGAUAUCGAUGGCUUUGGUGCUUGCGAAGGCACCCUGGCGUGCUCCACCUGCCAUUUAAUCUUCAAGCAGAGUGACUUCGACAAAAUCCCUGAUAAACCAACGGAUGAAGAGUUGGACAUGUUGGAUCUGGCCUAUGGACUAACAGACACAUCUCGUUUGGGGUGCCAAGUAGUUCUGACGAAAGACAUGGAUGGCUUGGAAGUAACUGUGCCUACAGGAGUUGCUGAUGCCAGAGGAGGACCUUUAUAACAUAAACUUUAUAGUGUAGAUCGUUCAAGAAUGUUUUAUAGACCAAACAGAUGUUUUUUCUAAACCAUGUAUUCAGAAACUGUUUAUGACUUUGUUAUGAAAUGUGGUGCUUUACAUUUUUAGUGAAGGAUACUAGGGUACUUGCUGCCAACACCUGAUCGAGGCUGUGUUUUUGUGUGAAUUUUGAUUACGUUCUUUCAAGUCAUGUGCUUGUGUGUGGAUAAUUGAAAUGAUUGUGUGGGUAGUUGGAGGGUGCCAUUAUGAGAUCCUACUUCUUUACUCUUCCUCUGUUGUUUCUGUCUAUAGGUCUUUGCUUUGUACAGAGCUAAGUAUCAUCAUUGUGUCAACAUGUUUUUCUUUGCUCAAAUUAAACUGCUUGAAAAAUGACAGCAGCAUUAGUCAAAAGAAAUGAUGCCAUGUGCAGAAGAAGAAAACAUGGUGUGUGCUGUUCAUGUUUUUGACACUUUGGUUGAAUUUUAUGUUUGGUCUGUACGUACCGUAAAAAAGUUGUUCCGUGUCAAGUGCCUUAUGUUGCAAAAAUGUUAUAAGAUGUUGCUACAUUAAUGAUAUGGAACACCCUUUGGUUGUGUGUUGUAUAAGACUUUGUUGGUUAUUUCGGUCUUGUCUUUCUUUUUCCUUUGCAAUUGUUUUCAGAAGAGUACUAUAUUUAAUAUUUAUUUGCAAGUUUUGUUUCUGUUUGUGUUGAAGAUCAGUGCCCUAGAGAUUGGGGUUGGCUGGUAUAUUUUGAUAGAAUAUGUUAUUUUGAAAUCUGGGCAUCUGCUAGAAAAUUUAGACCCUUCUGGAUUUUACCAAGUCUUGAGCUUGUUCGUACUUGUUACAUUUGUUGCAAUUAUGCCAAUACUCAAUGAAAUUAGAUUUAUGCUGCCGGUUGAUAAAUUUGACUCCUUAGUUUAAAGAAAUAUAGGCCUUUAUGAUUUUGGACAGAUGCAUGUCCAUUGCUGAUUCUGUCAACUUACAAUUAUGGUUGAAAUUGUCCAAGAUAGCCACCCAUGGCGAAGGAGGAAAGUGGUUGUCGUUGCAAUCCUUUUUAUUUGGGGAGAGUGAAAAAAAGUAGAUACCACUAUGUUUGUUGUAACCAUGUCUGACACUCUUUUUUUAUACGCAGCUCCAAAAUAUACAUAUAAAUAACACAUAAGUGCUCUCCGUUCUUUAUAUUUAAAAAAAUUAUGAAAUAUCAAAAUGUUCUGUUGGUUAUUAUCGUAAUCUUUCCCUCGGUUACUUUGUAUUUUAUACAAAUUGUAGUUGAAAUUGUUCAAGACAACCACACAUUGUUGAGGAGAAAGUGGUUGUCUUGGACAGUAUUGUCUUCUUUUUAUUCAUCUCUAAAUGGACACCCCCAGUCUGUCCACUGCUGCCACACUUCCUCCAGACCCCCAUAGAGCUUUGGGUGUCCAUGCGUAGGGCUGGGUCAAUAUUACGUGCUCAGUGCCUGGAGCAAUGGGAAGGCUUGUUGUAAAUGGAGAGUAUCCUAUAAUAAUAAUAAGGAAAAAAACGCGGGGAAGGAGAAGUCAGAAGCGAUUGUUUGUACAGGUGGUUGUCUUGGAGGUGACUAUUAAAGUUAGAACAGGUUUAACUGUAUUAUAUUUUGUAUAGUGAUAACUUAAUAUAAGACUAAGACUUUCCUGAAUGUGGUAAGUGGAGUGGAAGAUGUGUUUGUUCACAGUUUGUAUGAAAAGAGUGCAUAUAUACAUUUUGUUUGAAAAAUU